GUGGCUAAAUAUUAAACGUGGGGAUUUUCACGUUGUCCCAGCGGUAUAAAUAGAAGCACGUGAGCGUGUUCUAACAUAUACAGGAAGGACAGUGUAAGAAGAGACUUCAAUAAGACUGUGAUGACACUAAACUUCAUGCAAAGAAACUGUUUACCUUGAAAAGAUUUGCCAUUUGAAACUGACGCUGAAGAACCAUGCCUGGGGAGCAAUUAGUGUGUGUUUGGCAAGCAGCUUUUGCCCAAGAGACGGACAAAGGCACCAAAACUCUUCAACACAAUUCUUUAAAGAAAACCACAGCCCAGUUGGCCCAUCUGCAGUCAGUCAACUAUUCCGAUCACAAAUUUAAUGAAACUUUCACAGACGAUGCAGUGACAUUCGACAAAUAUAAAACUUACGUUUCCAAAGCGCUUGCUGAGAAAGGGUUUGCCCCUAAUGUUGUGUUCAACGACAUAGAAAGAGCAUGCUGGACCAUGUGUAGAGAGGCCUACAGUAGUGCGCUACCCGACAAGGACCUUUUCCACCUCUGGCAAGUUGUCAACCGCCUUGCACAAGAAGGUUCCUACCCUCCAGUCGUGGCCCCGGAAGAACGCAAUUGGCUCAGCGAUAAAGUGGCCUCCAUGCUGGAUAAACACUGGAAAACCAAAGAUGUCACAUUCAAAAACCAAGGCGCCACAUUUCAAGAAUUGGUGGACAAGCUGAACGAAGUCUACUUCCAGGAAUCGACAUCAGCUGCUGUUCAUGCCUGCAUCGACAAGUUGCACAUGCUGCUGGUGGAGGCAGUCUUGAAGACAGGUUGGCUGUAUAAACGUACAAGAAAACAAGCCAACUGGACCAAUUGGAACAAAAGAUGGUUUGUCUUGAAGCCAGGUUGUCUAGAAUACUACGAGCAGGUCGCCUCUGGUGAAAAGGGGGUCAACAAGAAGGGCGAAAUUAUGAUCACCAAGAACACCAAACUUGAAAACACUAGUAACUACAGGGGGGUGGUCCACAAGCUUUCUGGGUGUUUCAAGAUAUCAAACCUACCAAUGAUUGAGUGCGAGCUGGGUGGAACCAACUUUUGUAAGGCAGAAAGACGUGCGUGGCUUGUCAGUCUUGAAGAGGUUAUCGAUGCAUGUAAAACAAAAGUAACACCAGUCCAAAAGCUCCUGAGAGAACUCCGCCAAAAACGAGAUGAAGCUUCUGAAAUCCAUGGUCUUAAGGAAGAAAAGCCUAACCAGGCGUUUAAACCGCCGUCACCUAACCCAUAUCCAAGACCGUCUCCGCCAAAAACAAAGCCAAAGCAAAUCAUCCCCACUGAAGACGCCUUAAAUAACAGGGGCAGCAGUUCAGAAGAAGAGGGGGAGGUAUAUGACAACAACAAUGACAAAAUCAAAGCUGUCUUUGUGAAAAUUGACCGCAGCGGCAACGGCUGUAUAGACCGAGGGGAAUUCUCCUCCUUUAUCCACGAACUUGGUCUCAACAUGCCAGAGAAAGAGGUAAACAUGGUUUUCAACACCAUAGACAAAGACUUGGAUGGACGGAUUGAGUUUGCAGAAUUUGAAGAUUAUUUCCUGCGAUACAUCAUAGAUGAGAGUGGUAACGGGGCUUGCGUGGCAGCACUCCGGGCUGCUUUCCUUGAGGCUGACAGAGACGGCACAGGGACACUAAACUUCAAGCAAUUUGCAGAAUAUCACUGGGAAAAGAGAAGGUCCAUUCGAGUAUCAAAAUUAUUUAAUGCGUUUAACAAGAUGGACAAAAAAGAGAAGGGUGUGAUCACGUUUACAGAUUUCCGAGAUAUGCACCUGCGGGAAGAAAGUGAGCUAGAGCUUCCAAAUCUGGCGGAAAAAAUGGAAAAAAUAGAUGAAGAGGGCGAGAGCAGUGUCUUUGAGCGCCAGCUCAGAAAGGAAUACCACGACACAGAUGCUGACCAGCUGGCAAAAUAUGUGCGCAACAGAUGGGACAAAUUCGCAACUUUCCGUCGUCUUGGUGCCUCUGGCGAGCCCGUCAUGACAGGUGGCCAUGGUAUGGUGGCAGACAUCGUUCCAGGGAAAUACAACUUAAUGGACAUUGCCUGCUUCAGUGAUCUUCCUCCCCUCAUCCCUAAACAUACGACGGUCAAAGGCGUCCGCUGGGCUUCGAGCACUACCCCUGGGAAGUCGGGCAAGGUUAUUUUCCCCAACGAUUUCAGUGGUGUCAUCGCCACCGAUAUCGCUACCAAUGAGCACUUGAGGUACUACGGAUGCAGCAUCGCCGACGCCCAACAAGAGAAGAUUUCGCUUCUAUAUCGUCACGGCAUCCAGGACUUCACCUACGAAAACAAGUACCUCGAAGAUUACGUCACAAGCAAAAAUGGUGGGGCUGGGAUCGAAAAGCACGACUUCUCCCAUCUUGAUUGUCCACUUGAUGAGGAUUCGGGCAUUUUCGUCUUGGCGAAAUUCGUUGGUGACGACGAGCUGCACGUGACGGGCUUCAAAGUACCGGUUCGCCACACUGUCUAUAUCCCCGGGGGUUGCAUCCACUCUAAUGACUAUCUUAAAGGGACGUGGAGAACCAUGUUGUCAGACGAGACUGACAUCGACCACGUGCACCUCGUGCAGCCGUCCAGUGACGACAUGAGAGGAGAUUUUGAGCACUUCAAAUUUCAUUUUGCUUGAAAAAAUUUUCCUCUACAAUGAAGAAGAAAUGGACACUAGUGUUUGACUGAAAUCGAAAUUUAUUUAGAUUCCACAUAUUAAAAAUGAAUAGGUUUCUAUUUACAAAGUUACCAGAGCAGUCCAUUUCAUUGCUGACAAACUUGAGUUUUAAAGCACACAUAAUUUGCAAAAGAGGGUCAUUUUCCAAAAUGUCAGCUAAGCGUCUAAUCGUACUGAAUUGAUUAUGCUGCUUUUCAGAUUAAUUUAACUGAUCGAACUGAAAACUCAUGUGUCAAUUCGUACAUGUUAAUCCUAAUCGUUAUUAAGGGUAUAUAUGCUUGAUUUGCUACUGUACUCACUACUGCGCCUAAAAUGAACAAUUUUCUUGAAAGAUUGGGAUUCAGCCGUCAGCAUCAGGCAGUCCAGAUCAGCUGAUAUUAUUUGCAUCUAUUUAGAAGCUUUUCGUUAACACAUAGAACAGAUAACAGGACGCAUGUAAAUAAUUAUAAGAGAAAAAUGUACACAAGCUUUAUCCAGCUCGUCACUAUUUUGUUUAAAGUUUUUCUUCGUUUGGCUUUUUUAAAAUUAAAAUGUGGCCAAUCAUCUUUACUACGGUCCUAUGCUAAUAAAUGUAACAGGAUGAUCGAGUGCAGGCUACUAGUACCUUGAUUCUUCUUUUUUAAUUCUACUAUUUUUGCAUCUAUAAUUUGUCUCGUUUACGUUCCCCCACCCCGGACAGUUUUUUUAUUUUUUCUUGAUCCCCCCUUCUGGAUUGAUUGAAAAAUCCCCCCCCCCUCCAUAAUAAAGAAUAUACGAACUGUGCAAAAUUCAUAUUUUUCAUUAUGACAUAAAGAGUAUGGCAUGAAAAACUCCACUCAUGUGGGGACUUCAAUAAAAAAAAUGUGUGUACAAAUUGAAUGGUUUUACAAAAAAAAAAAAAAAAAAAAAAA